CGGGAGCGGAGCCCGCAGCGAGGAGCCCCCGCUGCCGCCGCCUCCCUGCGCAGCUGCCCGCUGGGGCAGCGCCGCCGAGCCCCGUCCCGCCCCGCCGCUGCCUCCGCCCCGCCGAGCGCCAUGGCGGCCGCCGAGCCCCGCAGCGGCCGCUACCAGCAGCUGCAGAAUGAAGAGGAGCCAGGCGAGGCUGCCCCGGUGGUGAACGACGCGCCGCCGCCCUACAGCAGCAUUUCUGCCGAGGGUACAGCUUAUUUUGACUACAAGGAUGAGUCAGGGUUUCCUAAGCCUCCAUCUUACAACGUGGCCACAACACUGCCUAGUUAUGAUGAGGCGGAGAGAACCAAGGCUGAAGCCACAAUCCCCCUGGUUCCUGGGCGGGAUGAUGACUUUGUGACACGGGAUGACUUUGAUGACACUGACCAGCUGAGGAUAGGAAAUGAUGGUAUUUUCAUGCUGACUUUCUUCAUGGCAUUCCUCUUCAACUGGAUUGGAUUUUUCCUGUCUUUCUGUCUGACUACAUCAGCUGCAGGACGAUACGGGGCCAUUUCUGGGUUUGGACUGUCUCUUAUCAAAUGGAUCCUUAUUGUCAGGUUCUCCACCUAUUUUCCUGGUUACUUUGAUGGCCAGUAUUGGCUCUGGUGGGUCUUCCUUGUACUAGGUUUUCUGCUGUUCCUCAGAGGAUUCAUUAAUUAUGCAAAGGUUAGGAAGAUGCCAGAUACUUUUUCCACUCUCCCCAGAACCAGAGUUCUCUUUAUUUACUAAAGAUGUUUUCUGGCAAACGUCUUCCUGCCUUAGUGAACUACCCCUCAAGAAGCAACAGGACACCUGCAGGAAGUGAAUCAAGACUCUGGAGCAGAAGAAAAAAAAAAAAUCCUCACCUGCUUUAAAAUAAAAAUAAACAAAUAAAGAAAUAAAAGUACUGUUGGGAAAAAAAAGAAAAAAAAAAAAAGGAAGGAGAAGCAUUUCUUUCUGUUUGUUUCUAGGUGUAAAAUUUUAAUAAUUAAUGCAGAAUUCUGUAAUCAUAGUGGCUAAUGUUUGAAAAAGCUAUUGCAGUGAGUCUGUGACGUGCUCGUACAGCCUCUCCCGGGCCGUGUCUGUCGUGCUGUGGGUCGCCUGAGCCUGUCCCCGGGGCCAGCAGGGGACACACUUGCUUUAGUUCCUCCUCCUCCUCCUGGCCCCGGGCUCUGCUCUGGCCUCUGCAGCCUGCACAGCCCCGGGGGAGCACAGGGCUGGAGGGGUGGCAGUGUGAGGACAAGGGGUGGCAGUGCUGUGAGGACAAGGGGUGGCAUCCCUGCGGCUGCACCUUUCUGCUGCUCACACCCAACAGCACCCGUGCUGGCUGUGGCUGGGAGGGUCCCUGCAGGGCAGACCCUCCAGGUGCCCUGGGGCCAGGGGGUUGGUUUGAAGGCAGCACAAACAUUAAUUUUUUUACCAGUCUGUAUCCUCAGUGUUGUCCCAUUCUUCACUUCCACACUCCCUACUUUUCAGGCUCUAUAGGGAUUUUCACAGCACACCUUGGUAGUGUGAAAAUGAAAGAUGACAUUGCAACUUUGUAUAAAAAAAUUACCUUGCAAAACAAAGCUCAUUUUUAUUUUUCUCUUUUUUUUCCCUUUGGCUUGGGACUUUUGAGACAAUUCCUAACAUACUUGUAAUUCUUGCUUUCAUAAUUUGUGUUAGCAGAGACUAUGAUGUGUUAUAACUGUAGAUUUAACGUGCACUUUUGUGCUUUCUGCCAAGUGGUAAUUCACUUUGGAGUUUUACUAUGUUAAAACUGUAAAUAUAGCAGAACAUUAAUAAAUGUCACUUAUGUAGCAA